AUGACAGGAUCCAGUUUCCAUCAUUCUACAGAAACUAUCCCCAAUGAAGAGGCAGAAAUUGAUGGGAUUGUGCAGAUACUGAAGCACUUUGGCUGGAAAUGGGUCGGACUCAUUAUAUCAGAUGAUGACACUGGAUACAGAGCCCAGGAAAGGAUAAGUACAGCACUUUCCACUUAUGGGGGCUGUUUAGCUUUCACUACUGUAUUUAGAGACAUAUAUUUCAGCUACCAUCAUGCAGAAGAGAUUGCCCAGCCAAUCAGGAAAACAUCUGCUCAUAGUUAUGGUUUUCAGACAUCAAAAAUUAAAACCACAUUUAAUGGAUCGUUGACAUUGUUAAUACAGGAAGGAGAGAUUCCCGGCUUUGAGCAGUUUUUCCGUCGAUUUUCUCCUAAUCGCUACAAAGAUGAUUUAACUAUAAAUACCUGGGCAUGGUUAUUUGGCUGCAAUUUUCCAAGACGUGUCCGUGUUAGACUUGAGACAGGUGAAAUGGCUGAAGACUGCACAGGGAAUGAGACUCUCAGUGAUGCAGAUUUAUCAGUGUAUGGGAAUCACAAUUACAGAGUCACUUAUAGAGUUUACACUGCAGUCUAUGCACUGGCACACGCCCUGCACAAUCUCUACUCUGCUCAGCCACCGACUAACCAACACUUAAACAAAUUAAAAAGUUUGACAGCAAAAAUAAAGCCAUGGCAGCUAAAUAAAUACAUCCGUAAUUUGACUUUUACAACAUCUACUGGUGACACCAUCUUCUUUAAUGACAAUGGAGAGCCCCCUUUUGCUUUUGAUAUAGUCAAGUGGUUUUUCCUGCCAAAUGAUCGAGUUAUGAGACAAAAGAUUCCUACAUCUCAAUGCAAUGAACCCUGUUCCCCAGGAUACAGGAAAUCUAAAAUAGAAGGAAAACCAUUGUGUUGUUAUGACUGUAUCAAGUGUGCAGAUGGAGAAAUGUCCAACACAACAGAUGCAGCAAAUUGUGUGAGAUGUUCUGCGUUUCAGAAGUCUAAUAAAGAGAGAACUGAAUGUCUCCUUAAACCUGUAAACUUUCUUUCCUAUACAGACACCAUGGGGGCCAGUUUUACUUCCAUUGCCUUGAUCUUCUUCAUCACAGCUUGCACAGUUUUUGGAAUCUUUGUGAAAUAUUGGGGCACUCCGAUAGUGAAAGCUAAUAACCAACAUCUCAGUUGUAUCCUCCUCAUCUCUCUCAUGUUGUGUUUCCUCUGCACUUUAUUAUUCAUUGGACGCCCAACACAGAUAUGUUGUCUUCUCCGACAAGUAACAUUUGGGAUUGUAUUUACUAUUUCUGUUUCAUCUGUGUUGGCUAAAACUCUCACAGUUAUUAUUGCCUUCAAUGCCACUAAGCCUGGGAGCAAGCUGAAGAAGUAUGUAGGAACCAAAGUGCCCAUUGUAUUAGUUAUAAUAUGCACUCUGGGUUCAUCUGUAAUCUCUGCUGUGUGGAUGGCUUCUCACCCACCCUUUUUUGAGGCUGAUACAUUUUCAGAAACGGACACAGUUAUUUUAAUGUGUAAUGAAGGAUCUGUAUCCCUUUUCUUUUGUGUUAUUGGAUAUAUAGGAACAUUGGCCCUACUAAGUUUCAUUGCUGCAUUUCUAGCCAAGGAUUUCCCUGACCGAUUUAAUGAGGCUAAAAACAUCACUUUCAGUAUGUUGGUGUUCUGUAGUGUGUGGGUGACAUUUGUCCCUGCAUACCUGAGCAGUAAGGGGAGUAGAAUGGUGGCUGUUGAGAUAUUUGGCAUCUUAUCCUCUAGUGCUGGAUUAUUGGGCUGUAUAUUUGUCCCUAAAUGUUAUAUUAUUUUUCUCCGAUCUGAAUUAAACACAAGAACAUUUUAGAUUAACCACUUUGCUUAUCCUCCUUCAGCACAAUAUUCAUGCCUUUAUAGGUACCCUAGAAAAAGCAAAAAUAGUAAAAUUAUAUUUUAUAGACAAGAAUGUUCCUAUACAGAUGGAGCAAAGU